UGUACAUAGUGUAGUAUGAUAAAUCCCUCUCAUUAUCUCUGCCCGUUUCACCCUUUUAUAGGAAAAAGCCAGUGAAUCAUUCUUCUUCUACAGAUUUUUGACGAAUUCUAUUGAUUAAUAAUUAUUAAUGGCGGAAGAACAUCCAUGUCAGACGCCGGAAGGCCACCGUCUCUGCGUUAACAACUGCGGUUUCUUCGGAAGCUCAGCCACCAUGAAUCUCUGCUCCAACUGCUACGGCGACCUCUGCCUCAAGAACCAGCAGCAAGCUUCCAUGAAAUCAACCGUGGAAUCCUCCCUCUCCGCCGCAUCUCCUCCGCCGUCAUCGGAGAUCCAAUCAAUCUCCACGUCGACGAUCGCGCCCCUCGUCAAAAUUUACGCGGCGGAGAUACAGAUCCCGUCGACGGAGAAACAAAUCAAGCAGCAGCCGCCGCAACGGCCUAAUCGGUGCACCGUGUGCAGGAAACGGGUCGGGUUGACCGGGUUCAUGUGCCGGUGCGGGACGACUUUCUGCGGGACCCACAGGUAUCCGGAGGUUCACGGAUGCACGUUCGAUUUCAAAUCGGCUGGGCGCGAGGAGAUCGCUAAGGCUAACCCGUUGGUCAUAGCCGCGAAGCUCCAGAAGAUAUGAUCUGAGCCGUUGCUUGCGUUCACCGUGAAAAUCUCCGUUUAUCUCAGCCGUUCGUUAUGUUAAAACAUACUUUUAUGUUACGGACAUGUGUUACGUAAUUAAAGGUUGAGACAGUUUUCAUUCACCUUUUAAUUAUUUUCUUUUUCUUCCGGAAGAAUUUUAAGUUUUAUAAUUGUGUGGCUUUAUGCUUGUAAAAAAAAAGAUUGUCUUUUGCGGAAAAAAAAUAAAAUAUAUAAAAUUGUGUCU